GUCUUGAAAAUGCAGUUUCUGUUCAUCUGUCUGGGAAAUAUUCGCAGAGCGUAUCGGGGAAAAAUUAGGGUUUUGUUCAGGCGCUGUGGUUGAGGGUGAAGCGCUCAACCUCAACAAUGGCGGAAUCUAUGUGCAGAGCUCUGCGGGAUGGAUCACUAGAGGGAGAACUUGCACCUGCUUUAACCAUUAGGGAUUCUGUACACUCACCUUUCGGACUCGAUGUCUUCAAUCACGUUCUUAUCCAACACUCAUCCAACAUUUUGGCGGGAAAGUCUCAGUCGCGAGGUCUCGUGCUAGUUGCCUUUUCCCGGAGUCCAUCGUUUUAUGUUAAUUUGCUUGAGAGCAGAGGAGUGAAUCUCGAAUCGCCCCGCAAAUGGUUUCAGAUAUUGGAUUGUUAUACGGAUCCUCUGGGUUGGAAAGAUCAGCUUAUGAGGUGUGGAAAGAUUAGCAAUAUCUCUCAGGAAGCCUCAACUUCGACAGUGAGUCUGUGCAAGGAUGUGAGGGAUGUUGAUAAGUUGUUCUCUUCUAUAAUUGAAUUGGGUAAAGGGCUGAUUGGAGAAGGAAAGGGUCGUUUCUCUGUUGCGAUGGACUUGUAUUUUUUUGGCAGAAGUCUAGUCUUUUUCUUUGGAUGUUGCAUGGAAGCUUCCUGUCAAGUGACAAUUGUGGACCAAAAAGUUGCCAGAGACAUAGUUUUAACUGAAGAGACAAAAAACAAAAACAUCAUGGAAACAGCUGCUUUUGAGUACAUGUCUUCUAUGGUUGCCACUCUGGAACCUAUGAGUAAUUCUACCAAUGGACCCAGAGUUGAUUCAGAAAACUUACCUUUGCUCGAACAGAGUUAUAGGAAAGGGAAGUUGUCUGUGCGGUUCAAGCGCAGGAAUGGACGAGUUAGACUGAUGAGUGAAUUCUUUCAUGUUGAGCAAUCGGGCAUAAACUUCACGUCUGUUUCUUCAGAGGACAUAAUAAUAAAUCAAGGCCUUUCACCAAAGGUGCAGUUCAAUCUACAGCUUUCAGAAAAAGAGCAGAUAGACAGGGCUAAUGUUAUUCUUCCAUUUGAACACCAAGGGAAUGGCAAGCCUAUACAAAUUUAUGAUGGUCGAAGAUCUCUUGCUGAUGUCAAAGAUGAUACAGCACCUGCUUCAACCUUGAAGUCUCAAAUGGCUGGGGACUCUGGCAAGGGUGAGAUAAUAUAUUUCCGUGAUUCGGAUGAUGAGAUGCCAGAUUCUGAUGAGGACCCAGAUGAUGAUUUGGAUAUAUAAUUGCAUUUCAUCCACGGCUAUAUCUCGGGUUGCCAAAGUUUCGUACAUUUGAAACACUGGCAUGUUAAAGGAUCUAAAAACCCCAAAAUUUAUGCUUCAUCUCCAUACUUUCAUCAACUGGGGGAGCAAACAGGUCAACUGAGGGAAUUUAGGAUCUACGAGGUGAAGCUGAUCUACAGCUGGUAAAUCUGUGCGAGUUAUUCAUCUAUUUUCAAGUAUUUAAUUUAAGCACUUUCAUAGUAAAUACUUAUUUUUGAAAGAUGUUCCAAACAGGGACUUAAUUUUCUAAUGGUUUGAGAUCUGUAAAUGUGAUGUUAUGAUUUUCUGUUUCAUGCCCAAAAGAAGAAUGGUGGUGCCAUUCUUUUCUAGU